AUGCAGUCUCUCACGCGCCUCGUGCGCCCCCUCCUCAGAACCGCCGUCUCGUCUCCCAGGCCCUUCACCACGCUCGCCCCCCUCCGACCGUCCCUCACGCCUCUCCGCCGGCGCAACGGCGCCCUCGCGAGCUUCACCCCCUCAGCUCCCGAUACGGCCGCCGGCGCCGCCGAAACCGCCGACCUGGUCUCCCGGUCGGCCGUCUCCUCCCAUCCCGCCCUGGCGGGCCUGCAGCUGCGAUUUGGCCCGCGGAACACCAUGAAUGGGCACACGAGGCUGGUCCAGAAGCGGAGGCAUGGCUUCCUGCACAGAACGCGGAGCCGAAGCGGGCGCCGGAUCUUGCUGAGGAGGAGGCUGAAGGGCAGGAGGCAGCUUGCGCAGUAG